GAAAGUCAGAAAUCAGAGUUGAAGUAAAACACUCUACAAGACUCCAUCAAAAACCAACAACAGACUUUCAUACGCUCUUGGCGGGUCAAAGAAAAAGCGAAGUAGGUGCUCGGGUCAAACGUCAACCAUCAUGUCAUCUGGAAGCCUGCGGUGCGUGAUCGUGGCCGUCGAUGGCAGCGAGUCGAGCAUGGAUGCGCUUCGGUGGGCCCUCGACAACCUCAAGCUCCAAUCCCCUGCUCCCGACUCCACCUCCGGCGGUUCCUUCGUCGUGCUCCACGUUCAAUCCCCGCCAUCUAUCGCCGCCGGCCUCAAUCCCGGCGCUAUUCCCUUCUGUGGGCCCAGCGAUGUGGCGGUUCCGGCGAUAAUGGCGGCGAUCGAGGCGCACCAGAGGCGGAUCACGGAGGCCGUGUUGGAGCACGCUCUCAAUAUUUGCUCGGAAAAGAAUGUGAAGGUGAAAACGGAGGUUGUGAUUGGGGAUCCAAAGGAGAAGAUUUGUGAAGUUGCUGAGAAGUUGAAUGCCGAUUUACUUGUGAUGGGGUCCCGUGCUUUUGGUCCUAUUAAAAGGAUGUUCUUGGGAAGUGUAAGCAACUAUUGCACCAAUCAUGCUCAGUGCCCGGUCGUAAUUGUCAAAGCCAAAGACACUGCUUGAUAGCUUAAAAACAAGAAUGCCUUUGGUGCGUAGUCCAUAUGGAGUGGAUUGAAAUGUGUGACGAGUUUUGUUGUUCGUUGAUCAUAGAGUUGUUGCUUCGGAAGGUUGUUCCUUGGCAAGUUUGAAUUGGCCAUCCUUUUGCCAAUUGCCAUAUUAUUCUUCAGGCGAAGUUUUGGGAUAUUUGGGUAUAGACACUUUCUUUGGUUGUUGUAAAAUUGAUGUUGUACCAUGUAAUAAUAAUAAAGUUGUGGUUAUACGCAAUUAUUUAUUUGUUGAACUUUUGGAUGGUUACCGAAGUUGUUAAUUUGUUUGAAAAAUCAAAUUGCUUUCUUCA